AAGUCGGUCAUGUGGCUAUAGCGACACGUUAUCACUCGGAGCUAAUGGAGAUAACGGCUAACGAGUCAGGAGUGACACACGACAGACAUUUAAUGUUUAUGUUAAUAAUGUAACGUUAAUAUAUAUAUAUAUAUAUAUAUAUAUAUAUAUAUAACGUUAAUAUAUUCCAGGCUCGGUAGUGUGAGUGCUAACGUGGUUUGUAGCGGCGCUAGCUUCCGAGGAGCAGAUGACGUCACCAUUGUUUACAUUCCUGCACCUGCUAGCUAGAGCAGGUUAGCAUGGCCACUAAAGGCGUCGCAAAGGAGGAAAGAAGACUGCGAACAAACGCCCGCAACGUUCACACGCGCCUCCGCCUGGAAGGACGACGACGAGCGACUCCGCUGGACUCUCCUCCCGUCGCCAUGGCUGCGCCACACCCUGCCGAGGAAGAGGACGGUCACAUGACCCCCGACGCUCUUCUUUUUUUUUUUUUCAGCCCAGAGCGGAAAAAGGCAAGGAAAGGGGCGACGCUGACGUUGGGACCGAAUACCACCGCGAUUUUGAACAUGUUUGAAAUAAGCCGAACACUCAACGCCGCCUUGUUGAGCAACGAGCAUCUCAAGAUGAUGGCGAGGUACGGGCAGCUCUCGGGACUAGCAGCCAGUGGCGUGGGCUCCGUCCCCGAGUCGCACUCGCCGCUAUUUCCCAGGGAUCUCCCGUCAUCGCCCGCCCAGACGGGCUACAGGUCAUCCCUGGGGUCGACAGAGACACAGUGGCGUCAGGCGGAGCUCCCACAGCUGCAGGGCUGGGCGGAGAAAGGACUGCUGACUCAGCCAAAGAUGAUCAUCAGUAACAUGGAGGCCCCGGUGACAAACGGUCCCAGCGGAGGAGGGACCACGGCCAACGGGCCCACCAGCAACAGCCGCGGCUGCCCCUCGCCCAUGCAGACGGGGCCCUCAAACGACGACAGCAAGACCAACCUCAUUGUCAACUACCUGCCCCAGAACAUGACCCAGGAGGAGUUCCGCAGCCUGUUUGGAAGCAUCGGCGAGAUCGAGUCCUGCAAACUGGUGCGCGACAAGAUCACAGGUCAGAGUCUGGGCUACGGCUUUGUCAACUACAUCGAUCCAAAGGACGCGGAGAAAGCCAUCAACACGUUGAAUGGACUCCGACUUCAAACCAAAACCAUCAAGGUCUCGUACGCGCGCCCCAGCUCGGCCUCCAUCCGUGACGCCAACCUGUACGUGAGCGGCCUGCCUAAGACCAUGACCCAGAAGGAGCUGGAGCAGCUCUUCUCGCAGUACGGACGCAUCAUCACCUCCCGCAUCCUGGUGGACCAGGUCACAGGCCCCACAGGCGGCUCCCGAGGUGUGGGCUUCAUCCGCUUUGAUAAGAGGAUAGAAGCUGAGGAGGCCAUCAAGGGUCUGAACGGACAGAAGCCAUCAGGUGCAGCCGAGCCCAUCACGGUCAAGUUCGCCAACAAUCCCAGCCAGAAGACCAGCCAGGCCCUCCUGUCGCAACUCUACCAGUCCCCCAACCGCCGAUACCCGGGCCCCCUCCACCACCAGGCUCAGAGGUUCAGGCUGGACAAUUUGCUUAAUAUGGCCUAUGGCGUGAAGAGGUUCUCGCCCAUCACCAUCGACAGCAUGACCAGCCUGGUGGGGAUGAACAUCCCGGGCCACACCGGCACCGGCUGGUGCAUCUUCGUCUACAACCUCUCCCCGGACUCGGACGAGAGCGUGCUGUGGCAGCUCUUCGGCCCCUUCGGCGCCGUCAACAACGUCAAGGUGAUCCGCGACUUCAACACCAACAAGUGCAAAGGCUUCGGCUUCGUCACCAUGACGAAUUACGACGAGGCGGCCAUGGCCAUCGCCAGCCUCAACGGCUACCGGUUGGGCGACCGCGUCCUGCAAGUCUCCUUCAAGACCAACAAGACGCACAAGUCCUGAACUCGAGGCGGGAGCGGCCCUCGGUCCGAAAUUGGCCGCCCCGACCCCGACCCCCCCUGGCUCCCUUAACCCCCCCCCCCGCCCCCUGUCCAGUCAGCAGCACGACGACCAACCUCCUGGUUGAACUCCAAAUGGCUUAUAUCGUAACUUUGGACCUAUAAGCCAACGUUGCCUAAGUAUUACAAAAAAAAAAAAAAUGUUGAUUUUGUCGGGGGGAAGUUCCUGUCGCCACGCGGGCUUCCCUUUGUCGUGGAUUCCUUCUGUUGGUUGCUAAAAUGAUUUUUCUCUCGUAAAACGGUAGCAAACACCCCACCCCCCCUUUACCCCCUCCCCUCAUUUUAGAGAAGAGAAUGUCCUUUUUAGACCAAGAGUUUUUCUUGUGUGUAUCCGGAUCCACUGUCCUUAGAACCCAGGACCGCCCCCUGCUAACCCCUCUCCCCACCCCCACCCCCACCUCAGUAAAAGGGGCGGGGUCUCUUUUUUAAAACAAAACGGUGAUCCGUCCAUUCAUUUGUAGCUGUAUUUAAAACAACAACAACAACAAAAACGUCCCCCGUUUGUUGAUUGGAGAUGGGAUUUCUAGCAUUGUUUUUGUUUUGUAUCGCAAACAAAACAUGACGUCUUUCCUCACAGGGGAGGUGGGAUGCGGGGUGGGGUGGGUGGUGGGGUUUUAGCUUUUCCUGACGAGUAAUUUAGCAAAAAAAAUAAAUUAAAAAAACCCCAUCGUCGCCAAAGAGAGGGAUCUCUUUGGUGGGGUGGGGGGUGUGCGGGGCUAAGAGGGAUGGGAGGGCGUGUUUGGGGGGAAAAAAAAGAUAAAAAAAACAAAAUAGAAAGAGGAAUCUAUUUUUAUAAGCGAUGAUUAAAACAGAAUAAUUAUUGAGAAAAUUUUUACAAGAAUCCGGAUUUGAAAAAAGAGAAAAAUAUUUUGGACUGGCUAACUGGGAGGGGGGGAGGGGGAGGGGGUGGGGGCACCACCUUGUCUUGUCGUUCUGCCAUUUCUAGGCCUCGGAGGGAAAAAAAAACGGAGAAAAAAAAAAAAAAGGAUGGCUUUUUUUCCCGGGGGAGGGUGGGGUCGGCGACGGCCGUUUUGUAGACGACAAAAAAAAAAAAAAGGUUUUUUGCGAAGAAAAAAAAAACAAAAACAGAACGGAAGCCGAGGCGAGGGAUUUUUUUGGUCAUUUUAUCACACAGUUGCGUAAAUUAUUCAACACCCGCUAUAGGGACGGGGAGGGUAACCAUCGUUAGCGUCCGGAGCCCCCUUCGUCCGGUUUCUUCGGGGGGGGGUCAGCGAACGCAUCACACGUACCCAUUUAGACGCCAUCCUAUGUUUUUGUUUUGUUUUUGUUUUUUUGUUUUUUGGGUUCCUCUUUGCUCGGCGUUUCUGUGUGCUGACUUCCUUUUAGCGGCGGACCGCGCGGCCUCUUCGGAAUAUCCCAGUUGUCCCGUGUGCUGUUUCUAAGAACUCUAAAUGUCGACGUCGGAAUUGAGCUUAUUCGUUUAGGCCCGAAAAUUGUUGUCGCCGGGGAGAAAAAUUUAAAAAAAAUUUAAAAAACGCAAAUUCAGCGUUUUUGCGGGUGUUUCGGGAAAAAAGACCAAAAAAAAAAAAAAAAAAGAGAAAAUUGUUUUUGCUUUGUUUGUUUGGCUCGCUGGCUUUUUUGAGUUCCUCGCCGAGCGUGACGCGUUUGUCCGAACUUAUCGAUGAUUAGCGCUAUAGUUCCUUUAGUCUAGAAUGUUUGUUUCCUCGAGAAAAGGGGGGGGGUGUACGACUCCCCCCCGCCUUUAUUUGCUCUGUACAAAUAGAUGAUCUAUCUAUAUAUAUAUAUCUAUAUAUACAUAGUCUACAUUUGUUUUACGAUAUCUACCGUACUUAUCUGAGUUGUCACUGUUCUUUAGUUGGAGCUUGUCUUUUUCGACUUAUUAUCAAAGUGGUGGUUCAGUUUCUUCGAGAGAAGAAGAAAAAAAAAAAAUUUACUUGCGAGGAAACUGUUCAAUUGUCGUCAUGUUGCUUGUGGAGAAAACAAAAAAACAAAAAAAAAAACACACACACACAAAAAAAACACAAAAAAAAUAAAGAAGUUUGGAUGAACUUUUUCGUUACCGCGGCAAAAGAAACCGAACAAAAAGCUUUGACUAUAAAAGCGUAUAUUUGGAUUUGUCUAAUUUAUUGUUUUUUCCUAUUUAUUUCUAUUUAUGAGCUAUUUAUUAUGAAGGGAGGGGUUGAUUUGUCCGUGUAUUUAUGUCUUGAUUUGUUUCAUUGUCUGUGUAUUGCCGUGAUUCUCUGGUUUACCAGGAGGGGGCAAAAAAAAGGUGGAACAAAAGCGAACCGGAGUGGAGGCUGCACUGAGAGGACCUUUUUUUUUGUGCUUUGUACCAAUAUAUUCAAAAUGAUCAUAUAUUCCAAAAAAGUCAGGAAAACUGGACAAAAAAAAAAAUCAAAAAAAUAAAAUAAAAUUUUAAAAACGUGUGUGGAGGGUUCGGGAGGGGGGGGGCCUCUUCCCGUAUUACUAGAAACAGUUACUCGCUAUGCAUAACCUAGUUAUUAAUAGUUCUAUUUGCUAUUGCUUUUCUUCUUGUCUUGUUCCAAAUGAAAUCGUUUUUUCCAAUGACGUUUAGUCUUACUAGAAUGUUCUAAACAGUGGUUCCGGUUCAAUAUAACCCGUGAUAAGUUUGUGGAGUUCUCUGAAGCCACUCCGUCCACACCCUCCCUCCGCUUCCUACCGCUUUGUCAUCCGAACUUUAUGCAAAAGUGUGCGUCUUUAACUCCUUUUUAAUUUUUUUUUGCACCCCUUUUUUUCUCUAUCCGUGGCGUUUUUCUGUAAGACUGAGGCUCGUUCCAAAAUAGAGAGAAAAAAAACCCAACAACUGUUAUUUACGGCAGUUGUACUCUGGAGGGGUGACAAAGGGCGUUGGACCGAUUCUAUAUUUUAUAUACUCUAAUAUGAUAUAUAUGAUAUAUUUUCAAAGGUAAAAGGUAGGGUUCCAGAGAUAUAAAUAUAGACGAUUGGGAUUUUGUUCAGAAGGAGGUGUGUGUGUGAGUGUGUGUGUGUGUGUGAAUGUUGGAGUGUGCGGUUACAUUCGCCAGGUAAAGACGCGGUCAGGUGCCAUUUCCAGUAACUCUGCGACUACAGCGGUACGUUUUUUUUGUCUUGAAUACGAGUUAAUUGUUGCGCUGUCAGUCAGUGGAUCUCAAGCCUUUUUCACAAGCACCACCAACAGUAAAAAAAAAAAUACAGUAGCAUAGUAGGCUUAGGUACUCAUGGAAAACAUGCAAUGCACAAACAUCAUCAACAACGAUACUCCGUAUAUUUACAGACUUCGGACACCGCGAGCAAAUUCGGGUAACGAGCAGGGCUAAUCGAUAAGAACCAAAACUUAUACCCCAGUAUUUUUAGUAUUUGUACCGAUAUACAAUAUACACUAUGUUGCCAAAAGUAUUUGGUCACCUGCCUUUACUCACAUAUGAACUUGAAGUGCCAUCCCAUGGAAUAGCCCAAAAUGUUUUGGUAUCCUGGAGCAUUCAAAGUUCCUUGCACUGGCUCUCGGGGAGCCCAAACAGGUUUCAGUCAUAAAAAUGUUCAAAAUAGUUCAUAUGAUUUACUGUAAGUGUUAAAUAAAAUAAAAUAAAUAGUAUAUAUGUAAAAGUGUUAAGUGUAAGUGUUAAGUAAAAUAAAUAAAAAAGUU